UGAUCUGACAACUCAGACAUUGUCAGUUUCAUCCAGAAAAAUUUACAAACUUGGAAUUGAAUCCUGCAAACCCUUAAUCAUUUGAUCAGUGCUGUUGAAGACAAUGGGACUAUUUGCAUGACUAUGGACAACUUUUGUGGACCGGUGACAUCAUCCUUCACCCUCCAAGAGGCAGAAAACGGCAUUCAGUAAGGCCAACAUUCUCCGAUAUUUGAACGGACGGUGAUUGGAUUUCAGCUGCUGCACCCAAGUGUUCACUUCUUCUCUUUUUAGCAAGCUUGAAAAUAAUUAUUAGUAUUAUUUUUAUCACCAUGGCUGCCCAUUGCUGUUAAGAUCUCCAAACAAUUAUGGCCCAAAGAAUAACGGCCACAUUCCACUCAUUUAAAAGAAAGAAAAAAAAAAAAGAUAAGCCCAAACACCAGCACUACCACCCUAGUCUUUAGCCUUUGGAUCCCUACCUAUUUCCCGGCCAACCUUACUAACCACGGAUCCCUAAGCCAGUCUCACCAUGGUAUGACAACACUAUGCAACCAAGAUGAGCAUUAAAUACUGGCUUAUAGUGAACUAAACAGAAAAUAAAUCCUUAUUGAUACUAUGAUACAUUGGGGCCCUCUAGAACUUGGUGGUUCCACCAUGCUGCACACAACAGCCACUUGGAACUUUCCAGUGACAAUAGGGAUAAACCAUAUUUCUCCUCCUCAUUUAGAGUAUGACACAAACCAUUAGUCAGACAGUUCUGAUUCCAUCCAGUAGAGGGCAGUGAUACACAUCUACACUAGCCAAUAUGUUAAAAUACAGUCCCAGCACCUGAUUUCUUAAUGGUACAGGCAGCCUUUGUGUACUUUCCCAUUAGGUUCUUCAUGGCAUCACAUUAGUCCAGUGUUUCCUGGCUGACCAUGUUGAUUGUCAAGACUCUUUGACAAUGCCUGUGCCAAAUGACUCCUGAUAAUGUGUAAGUGUCUCUUCUCUUCUCUUCUCUUCUCAGUAUUAACAAUGAAGUUCACCCCCAUGCACCUCUUAAACACUCAAACUAGGGCUGAGAUCAUAGACCAUGGGCCUUUGUGCGAGCCCCCUAACAGGUUGAAUCAUACCCUUUAUGCCUGCCUUUUAGUGGCAUUUUACAUGGGAAGUGCUGUUUACAGGAUAAUCAUUCCAUGUCUAUAGUCUGCUGCUAAAGGUCUAUGUCAGGAAUGCUUACCCCAUGACCAGGUGGAGCAAAAAUGUAGCACAUAGAUUCCUCCCGAGGAGUAUAUGGAAUGGGAAAGUGUUGGUGGGGAGGGGGGAUUGUUUUUCCUUUGUUUGUUGUUUUGGGGUGUGUGAGAAUUAUUGGUUGGACACUUUAAUUAUUAGUGAUGUGUUGAAUUGGGAAUAUCUGCUAGACACCCGAACACCUUACGGGCUCCAAAACUGUAGGGAGAGAGCAGUUUCUUUGUCCUUCCGGGAAGCUCAUUAAUUGGAGAUAAGUAGAAGGUUGGUUGACAAUGGACUCACCUUUCAGUCAGCCAAUGAGCAAGCAGAGCAGGCCAGUGACAGCGGUGUUAGUAGACAGAGUGAAUGGGGGUAAAUAGAAAGCAAGCUAUGUGGCAUCAGAUGAGAUGACUCACAAGGGCCCUAAAUUUAGGCCUUGAGUGUGGUGUUUGAGUAAGACUGGGGCUAAGUGAAAGAAUGACUGGAAAGUCCGGGAGAUAAGACGGGCAACCCUGACGAGGGAGGGAAGGAUUGUGUAACUUUCAUUUUGCUUAAUAUUAUGUUUCAAAUCCAUAGAAAACAACAAGUUGCUCCCCUUGCUCUCUAGACACAAAGGACCAGUUUUGCAAUCUCCGCUUAUUGUUCCUGUGAUAAGCCAGCAUUUUCCAUUUCUGACACUGGACAAAAUGUCCUGCAGAAAAUUCAGUCAGUGCCAUGACAAUUCCCAGCUGGAACUCUAGAGCCAGAACCUGUCUGUCUAGUUGAUUUUGCUUCCCAUACUAUAUUGCCAAAGCUGCCGUCAGUGGAGGUGCUGAAGCUGGCAUUCCCUCAGUAUAAAAGAAAAAAAUCUGCUGGAAGGUUAUUCUCCAUGAGAGACUCUCAGCUCUCUAAUUGUUCCAAAAUAUCCCUAAUGUGUUAACAAGGCCCAUCUAGUCACCAAAGAUUUGGGGGAGAUGGGCUUCCUAUGCAGUGGAGUGAUUUACUGAAUAAGUGAGAAGCUAUAAUGUGACCUUGGAUUUCCAGGUUGCAAAAAAUGACUCUCAGCCAAAUUCUAGCCCCAGCUCUGGCUGGUUUGUGCCACUCCAGUGGUGCAAAGCAGCUGAAUAUUCAGUGGAUCUAAUCCUUUGUGGAAUUUCAUUUCCAAGCAGUCUUUGAAUGGCAUAGAAGUGCCAUACACCUCCCAGCCUACGGGGCAUGGCCUGGGAGAAAGAGUGUGCAGUCUUUCUUUGCCCUGGUAAUCCCUGGCUGCUGAAAUUUUCCUUUGGGUCUAUGCGCAGUUGGACAUAAAUCCGAGUCUGCUCUGAUGCCAGGACCAGCUUAUUCCCAGCUAGCUCCAGAAUCAGAAGGAAAUAUAGUUGUCACGAUUUGCUGAACCAGAAUAGAUAAAUCUCUGUCAAUGCUAAUACUUAAAACCCUCCCAUAAAUCACCGAUGUUUUUGUUUUUGAAAAAUUGAAUGGCACUUUAAUAAACCCCCACCAUGUGAUGUUUUUGCUUUGCUACUCCAGGGAAAAAAUGUUUCCGAGUCUACAUGCCAUUUCCACCAGCUAACCCAAUACAUUCUAGCAAGGCAUUUUGACAGAGAAGAAAAAAAUAUCUUGCACUGAUAGAUGCAGUUCUUGGAAAUGGCAAUUUUGGAAAAAUCUCUUAUUAAAAAAUGCUGACAUGCAAUGACAUCUUUAAGUGACAGACCUGGCAAAGUUGCACAUUCUUUGGUGUUACACAAAAAAACUGACUGAAGUAGAGAGACAUCUUCCACCCCACAGGGUCGUUCUGCCAGCAUUUUCCAUUUUCUGAAUGCAGUUCCCUCCUUUCCCAACAUUUGGAUAGAAAUGAAAAUAAAGUAUAUUGUUUUAAUGUGCUACUAACACUUCUUAUACAACCAGCAGUUUAUUAGGCAAACAACCCAGAGUUACUUGGGAAACUGCAUCUUGGGGCUCUGUGCUGGAGUGAAAGCAUCCAAUAUUUAAAACGUAUGACUGCUGGUGGAUUAUCAUUCAGUAGCAGUAGUAGUGUGUGUGUAUAGAUAGAACCCUAUUAUUAUUCCAGUAGUCACAUCCUCAAAUAUAACAUGAUAGUUCCUGUACAGAAAAAAUGAUGAAUGUAUUAUGAUGGCACUUAAAAACUUGUCAUUCUCCUGAGAUAAUUUAAACAAGAUUUUCAUUUAGCAACUUCAAUAUUUGCCAUAACUGAGGAAAUGUCUGUAAGCAUAGGAAAGUAGAAGAAAAUAUAACAGAUAAUGAGGUAACUAUCUAUCUGGGGUAAAACUGGCACAUUUUUCAGUAUUAUCACUGCACAUUUGAUCAGAGGCAUAUUUUGUUCAUGUGAGCUCCAUUCAGAUGAAGGCCAUCUCAGUUAGUUUAUCUGGUUUCAUGUAUUUUUAUAGUAAGGGCUGGUGUCCAGCAAUAAUCACUAAAAAUGUAUUGAAUUGUCAAAUAAAGAGCAUGAGUCUAAAUAAGAGACCACAAUAUAAAUAGGACAUCAGAAACCAGCACCUGGGGCCUACUCCUGCUCCUAAUGAAGUCAAUAGCUGGGGGUUCAAUGAUUUCAAAGGGACAGGAUCAGGCCCCUGGUGUGCACACCAUACCAUGUCAUUGCUAUAAUCCUUGUUAUACCCAGGGACAGAAAUACUGACAAACAAACCGGACAGUCAUGUUCUAAAGGAACCAAAACCAAAUCACAAAAAAUAGGUAUGAGUGUCAGCAAUGCUAUUGUAUUCAUUCUUCUUACAAUUACUACUUCCUGUUUUAUACCUGUGCUAGGUAUUUCAUGAAGGACACCGUUCUUGCCCUGAAGACCUUGCAAUCUCUAUUAAUUAUUAUUAAAAUGUGUAUGGUGUUAAGUAUGCAUAUCUCUUUGCAGUGGAUUGGAUGUAGCAAAAUGACCUACAUUUAAUGCUAUUUAAUACACCUAUGGUUUAAUGGAUGAAAGAGAAAAACAAAAGGAGACUAGCUCUUUUCUUUCUUUCUUUCAACUCAUCAGGUUCCUUGGAGCCCUUUCAUCACUAGGGAAACUCUAGUCUACCCUGACUCCUCAGUGAGAUAGGCAGCUUCUUGCACUUCCCGAUGCCCCCUCAAAAAGACUGAGUGUGAUCUAUAGCAAAGGUUCCCAAACGUUUCUUAUUGCGGACCCCCUUCCAGAUCUACCAAUUGCCCACGUACCCCUACCCUUCUCAUUGCUGACACUUUGUGUGUUCUUCUUAACACUACCUGUCUUUAGCCUUGUGUCCAUACUUCACUGUUACAUACAGAUAUAGUUAUAGUGGAAGGUAUACAACUGAAAAAAAAAAACCACCACUCAAUUAGACUGGGUAAUUGCUGGGCCACUGAAUCUGCUCUGUAGGGUGACUGGAGGUGGGGGCUCUGUACCUCAGGGUCUCUGUGUUCUCACUGAUAACAUCUUGAAGUAAAUUAACCACCUUAUUUUAUAUAACAAAUUCCAGGGAGUUUUAUAGCUUCUUUGAGUAGCCAAAAUGAAAAUGCAAUAAAUAAAAUAACUAAUAAAUAAAAUCCACCAUUGCACAAUUUCUCCUGCAUCCCGGAGAGUUGCCUGGUGUACCCCCAGGGUAUCAAUACCAGAGUUUGGGAACCCCUGCUCUAUAGCAUUCAGGGAGCUAGGGUGUUGGAGAGGGGAUAUCAGCCUUUCCCCAUCCAAAACUAGACUCUUUUUCGCCCUCUUCCCUAGAAACAGCCAAACCCUCACCAUUAAAUGACUGAAAACAGGCAGUACUGUGCCUUCUUCACCCAGACCAGUAAAGGAUGAUGGUGUUGAACCACGUGGGCUUCAACGUGCUGAGGUUUAGGAUGUUUUUAAUCUAGCCAGAUGCUUGACAGAACCCCUUCCUUCGCACCCGUGUUUUCUUUUCAGACAACCCACUUCUGAUUUCUACAUGGUUGGCCACCUUGGAAGGGAGAGGGGAGGGGAAGCAGCCGCAUCUGGCCAGGUGUCAGGUGCUCAGCGCUGGGGCUCCCCCUGCUGGCUCUGUGCCGUCGGCGCCCUUUGCCCUCAGGUUUCUUGCUCGUGGGUCUGCCCGGGCUAUUUAUUUUCCUUCUCUCGCUCUCUCUCCACUCCCCACCGCCCACCCUGCCAGUGUGUAGCCCGGCCCCUGGAUUGCCAGACGGCGUCUGCCUCUCUGAAGUUUGCAGUGGUUUCCUUUCCAGCCUGGCCUUAUCUCGGUCUGCACGUUGCCUCUCGGUGACUAAUAACACAAUAACAUUGUCUCCGGAUAAAGCGAAGUAGGAGCUGUUGACCCGCUCCAUGGGGGUUCGGUAUAAAAGGGAGCUGGCGAGAGGUGUCCAAGCCAGAAGCGCUCAGGCAGUCGCGCUGGAGAAGGAGCCUCCAGGUUUCCCAGUGCUGCUUGGCGGACGGUGACUGGGUUUGCAGCUCGCCCUGUCCCAAGGGAGCAGCUUUCCUUUCCAAGGGCGCCUGCGGUGAAAAGCGCUCUGCAGUUGAGAACUAACCGCAGCAGGGAGCGGGGCUUGUGGCUUGUGCUUUUGGGCUGCAAAAGAGCGAGCGGCGGGCGUUGGCGGGAUGGAGUGUGCACAGAUGAUUCUCUCCCUGCUGUUCGUGCUCUGUCCAGGAGCCCAGGAAACAGCGCUAGGUGCUGAGCUGAGCGCUCCUGCGACCGCUUCUGUGGCCGAGGUUCGUCCUUCUAGCGCCACCUGGCCGCUGCGCAGGGCCAAGCGCUGCUCCUGCUCCACCUUGAUGGAUAAGGAGUGUGUCUACUUCUGCCACCUCGACAUCAUCUGGGUCAACACCCCGGAGCGGACUGUGCCAUAUGGGCUUGGUGGCCCUUCUCGAUCGAGGCGGUCUCUGGAAGAUACAGCCCCUUGGAAGCAACCAGAAUCUAGCAAGAGAUGCCGAUGUGCCCACCAAAAAGACAAGAGGUGUCUGAACUUCUGCCAGACAGGAAAAGAACUCUGGGCUCAGUCCACAAUGGAGAAGGGCUGGGAUCAUCUUAACAAAGGUGAAGAUUGCAUGGGACUUGGACGGAAGUGUGUGCACAGGCAACUACUUAACAGCAGGAAAAUGAGAAGACUAGAAGCCAUUGGUAACAGUAUCAAAGCUUCCUUCAGUAUCGCAAAGUUAAAGGCUGCACUCCAUGAAGUGAAGAGGCUGAAGCAUAACAGAACACAUAAAAGGCAAAGCAUCUGGGAAAGUCUGAAAACAACUUCUUAGUGGGGAGAUCACCAACCCUAACCCUCCUCCAUCAACAGUAACUGAUAGAGCAUUGCCGGAGCUGUUUUGAUUUUCACAUUCCACGUGGCAAAGGCAUGUUAUCCUAAAUAUUAAGCCACCCAUCCACAAAAAAAAAAUAGGUAGAAGAGAACCGAAGGAAAUCUUGUAUUUGGACAAGGUAAAAGCAAUAAAGACCUAGCAGGUCAUCCUUCUGGAAUCCAAUUGGAUGUGUUACAUUAACAAACAUUGAUUGACAGCCGUCUGUCAGGAGGAGAAAGUGAACAUUUGAAUGUUGCUUCUGAAAAGAAGGUGUAAAAUGGAGUGGUGUUGAUCAGUUUGGCAGAUUUCAGGGAGAAAAAUAAAAGACUAAUGCCAAAAGACAUUGCAAGGAAUAUCUGAUACAGAAACUCCUAAAAAGAAGAGAAAUCAAGAUUUGAAAGGAGAGACUACUUUUUUUUUACUUAUUAAUUAAAACAGAAAGUGAAUGACACUGUGCUACUUUAAUCAGCACUCAUUGCAUAGAUACAAGUCUACCUCACAUACUGUAUGUUGCACUCCUGCCAAAGUAUUUUUACAAAGUAUUGCCUUUACUUAUCAACCACAACCCUUUGCCUUUUUCAGCAGUGUAGUUUACUAGUACAAUCACAGUUAUCUGAACGGUGGGGCAGACGUGUUUGUUUGGCUAACCAAGGUUUUGGAUAAUGAAAGGAAUUUUCAACAUAAAUAAUAGACAACAGGGGAGACAUGAUCUUGUUUAACAUAAUAGGGAGAUUUGGACAACUGAAGGUCUAAUAAUAGGGGUUGUACUGUAUUGCCGGUUGCCAAUAAUCCACUGACCCUGAUGUGUAACAGAAAGUGUUGCUAGAUCAAGGAUUUCUUCAGCGUCUGUCUGAUGUAAAUGUGUGGAGACAGAGGGUUGUUUAAAAUGAAACCAAAAGGCUAAUAUUGGGUGACUGUUUAUAGCAGUGAAUUUACUCACAUUAUUGAAUUUGCUGACUGAGGUCUGAUGGAAUUUUAUGAUGUGCUUAUUUUUUUAACAAAUAUUUAUGUCUCUACAAAUUAUUCAUUUAUAUUUACCAUGUUGAAUAUACAUUGGAAUGGGCCAUAUUGGUCUAUGCAUGUUUUAUGUAUUUCUGUGUGAAAUCGGGAAAUGCUUUGUGCCUGUCAAGGUAAAUAUCUUUAGAAAUAAAUAUUUUUAACUACUGUA